CAGACACAUGGACCAUGACACAUAAGCAUGGUCCUAAAACCUAACCCAGAAGAACACAGAGACCAUUGUGAGACAUAUAUGCAAACCAGAAAUUAAAUAUUAGGAGCCUAGAGAAAAAAUCCUAACGGGUGAAGUUUUCAGAUCCUUUUGGCUCUAGCUCAGUGGUUCUCAACCUUCCUAAUGCGGAGACCCUUUCAGGCAGUUCCUCACAUUGUGGUGACCCCCCCAACCAUAAAAUUAUUUUUGUUGCUACUUCAUAACUGUAUUUUGCUACUAUUAUGAAUCAUAAUGUAAAUAUCUGAUAUGCAGGACAGUCUUAGGCAACUCCUAUACAAGGGUUGCUGUGGGAUGUCUUUCUGUAUGCUGUGAAUAUAUGUUGUCCCCAUUGGUUAAUAAAUAAGCUGCUUUGUCCUAUGGCGAGGCAGCUUAGAAGCAGGUGAGAAAUCCAGGAGAGAGACAGGAAAGAGAGAAGCGGAGUCCAGGGAGACACCAGCACCACCAGGAGAAGCAAGAUGUGAAAGUACCGGUAAGCCACGGCCACAUGGCAGCUUAUAGAUUAAUAGAAAUGGGUCAAGUUAGAAGAGCUAGCUAGAGAGAAGCCUGACCCGUAGGCCAUGCAGUUUGUAAAUAAUGUAAGCCUCUGUGUGUUUACUUGGGACCAAGCAGCUGUGGGAGGCAGGUGGGAGAGAUCCAUCCUGACUGCAGGGCCGGGCAAGACAGGAAGAAACUUAUGGCUACAAAGGGUCACUGGACCCCAAAGGGGUCAUAACCCACAGGUUGAGAAUCACUGCUCUAGAUGAUUCCACAUGAUGCUGUGUGGGUAAGGAGAGAAGCCAUGGUUUCAACAAAGCUUUACUGUUCCUGGGUUUUUGGUGUAUGGUGCAGGGAGGUUAUAAGUCCUUGGACCCCACACUCCAUCUUGGCUCUUCUGGUUCUUCAGAUCUGGUGUGUGUAAAAACAUCACUUCACUUGCAGCUACCAAAUACUUUUUAAAGCUUUUCUUUUUUUGUUUGCUGUUUUAAUCCACAGGUAAUUAGAUGGAGCUAGGCAUGGCACACACCUAUAACCCGAGCACACUGCACUGAGCAGGAGGGACUGUAUAUAGGAGAGGAGUUCAAGGUCAUUCUCUGCUACAUAUGAAGGUUUCAGAACAGCAUGGGCUAUAUCAGACUGGGUCAGAAAACCAAUUUAAAAAAUUGUGUAUCGUUAUGAGACACAGUGUGAUGUUCUAGUGCAUGUGUAUAUUGUGCAUUGACCAACUCGGGGUACUAAUCUCAAACAUUUACCAUCUUGGGAUCGGAUUUGAAGUCCUCUCCUCUAUUUUAUUGUAUGACACAAUAUUGUUGAUUAUAACCACCAGGACUUAUUUCUUCUACUCUGUAGGGUAGAGAUGCUAUUAUUUCUCAAUUCAGUGUUUUAGUUGCUUAUGUGAGUAUUUUUCCCACCAGCAAUGGACACGGACACACGUGUGUUAGAAUACUAAGGACUUGCCGGGGUAGAGUGCUUGCCCAGCACACAAGGUUGUAGGUUCCACCCGAAAACUGCAGACAAUAGAAAAGAAAGAAUAUUAGGACAGUAGAGAUGGUGGGGUGGCUACCCCAUUUCCUUAUAGCUCAAGAACUUGUGUUUUCAGGAAAUGGACUAACUCAGAGACUAACCAUUUAAUAUUACACGGCACUCCAGAUCUCUGUCUUGCCUUGUGAGAAUCAAGCCAAAGCAGGGCAAGGAUGAAGAUACUAAUUUUGAAGGGUUGAACAGAACUAAAUCCCUAUAGCUCUUGUGCUUAAAAACAUCUCUAGGUCUUGGUGUAGCUGGAAGCCCGGCAGACCCGUGUUUCUCCAUCCCGCCUGGCCCCGCAGUCCCAAAGCCACUUACAAAACAAUCACUCAGAAGUUUAAUAUUAAUUGCAAAUUCUAUGGCCUGUGGCUCAGGCUUCUCGCUAGCUAGCUCUUACAACUUAAAUUAACCCAUUCCUGCUGCUCUAUAUGUUACCAUGUGGCCAUGGCAUUACGGGUGUGCUGGCAUCUUGUUGCUCCCUGGAUGGGUUUGGCAUCUCUCCUUACUCUGCUCUUACUCUCUCCCUUGGAUUUUCCCGCCUGCACCAUAGGCCAGUGCAGCUUUUUUAUCAACCAAUCAGAGUAACACAUAUUCACAGCAUACAGAAAGACACCCCACAACACUUGGGCUCAUUCCUCACACUCUUGAGUUUCCACACUGUUCAUGACCAUCCUCUGAGCCAAACAACCAGCAUCUUUGGGAGUUCAGCUGUUGCUGGCUUGCAAGAUCAUCCCAGCUGGACUUGUUGACUGUUGACGUCUCACAUAGAAGGAAGGAUGGGACGCUCACAGGACCCUUACCUGAGUAUCCAGCCACUCCAUACCAUAUGUUGCAUGCAGUUCUGCCCUGAUUGCUUAUGGCCUCAGGGCAGGGCUAGAGUAUAUGGGCUGGUGAGGGUUAGGGGAGGGUGCCUUCAUUUAUGCAUCUAUGGGAAAGCAAUGAUUCCUGCUGGGUAGAGACUUCACAAUGUGGCCUUAGGUGGGGAACUCCCUUACUCCUGUAUGUAACCCCUUAUCUGUGCUCUGUAAGUAAGCCCAAUAAACUGAGAAAGAAAUUGGACACAAUACUCUCUGGAUUUGUCCUUGGGACCUUAGACAUUGUUCAUAUUUUCCUCAGGAAAGGAGUUUUGGUUGCCACAUCCCAAACUUCCAAAUAGCAAGACCUGCGAUGCUUUCUCUGACUUCCCUGGAUUUUUGUGUCCACAGCCUCCCCCAUCGCCAUCUUCCUUUGCUUCUAGAUGUCAUUGGUCUUGGCUCUGGGUAUGUUCUGUCCCUCAGAAACUCAGAAAACUUAAAUUUUCCUCCUACAUGACCCUCAACUUGUCUUACCAUCUUAUAAAAGGCCUUUGUCUGCCAGAGUGGGCAUAUCAUAAGGGAAAGUCUUAACGCCUCUAAUGUCCCGCUUUGCCUCCAUUGCUAGGCACUCAUCUGAGGCAUUCCCCACCCCAUGAAGAGGGACUUGCAAGCAGAUGAGCCCACAGUCAGGACUCCCUCUCAGGCUAGUAACUGCUAGAAUACCUAAGAUGACCUCAUAAAGCAGAGAAUCCUUUCCAGCAUCCCUCUCACUGCCUUUAGAAUCCAGGUGCCCAAAGAAAUCCUUAGGCAGAGGUUUUGGGUUAUAUGAUAAAAGCAAGGGAUAAAAACAGAAAAUUUGGGAGAUGACUCAUCACUUUUACCACAGCUCCGUAAGAGUUGUAUCUAGCUCACUGUUUGAUACUGCGUCAGAGGCAUUGUAUGCAAGAAUCAAGAAAAUUAAGAGGAAGGAUGUUGAAUGCCAGGCGUUCUUUAGGAAGGUCAUAAAGAACCCCAUUUUCCAGGUCCUCAUGAUCAGCACCAUCACGUCCAAUGCUGCCUUCAUGGUCUUGGGGACUGAUUACAGCAUAAUGUACAGACUGUUCAGACUCUUCGAGGUCUCAGAGAUUAUCUUUGUCUCCAUCUAUACCUGUGAGUUCUUAAUGAAGGUCUAUGUGGAGCCCAUUAAAUAUUGGAGGGAUGGCUAUAACCUACUGGAUGUGGUCAUUAUCCUUAUUAUCUUGAUACCCUAUUCCCUCCGAAAGAUCAAGGGAAAACAUUACAAAUUCCUCCAUAUUGCUGAUGGUAUACAGUCUCUGCGAAUCCUCAAGCUUAUCUCCUACAGCAGAGGCAUCAGGACACUCAUCACUGCUGUGGGGCAGACGGUCUACACGGUGGCCUCUGUGCUGACCCUUCUCUUCGUGCUCAUGUACAUCUUCGCUAUCCUGGGAUUCUGCCUGUUUGGAAUGCCAGAGAAGGGCGACCUGAAUAACUGGGGGAACCUGGCUGCGGCUUUCUUCACCCUCUUCAGUCUGGCUACGGUUGAUGGCUGGACAGACCUGCAGGAACAGCUGGACCAGCGGAAGUUUACUGUGAGCCGGGCAUUCACCAUCCUCUUCAUCUUGCUUGCUUCCUUCAUCUUCCUCAACAUGUUUGUGGGUGUAAUGAUCAUGCACACAGAGGACUCCAUCAAAAAGUUUCAGCGGGAGCUGAUGGUAGAGAGGCACAUGACGCUUAUGGAGGAGAAGCAGAUGAUUCUGAGGCGCCAGCAAGAGGAGGUCAACAGGCUGAUGAACACACAGGAAAGCGGUGGCAAGAGCUUCACUGAGCUGGUGGAGGAAUUCAAGAAGACCCUGCGGCACACGGACCCCAUGGUUCUGGAUGAAUUUGGCACUAGCCUGCCCUUCAUCGAUGUCUACUUGUCCACUCUGGAUAACCAGGACACUACUAUCAACAAGCUUCAGGAGCUGUACUAUGAGAUUGCGAACGUGCUGUGCCUGAUGCUUGAAGACUUGCCACCCCGGGAAAAGUCGUCCCAUAGCUCGGAAUUCAUGAUUUAGAGGUAGUUGGGCAUGUGUGGCCUCAAAGGCUGUGGCAGUUCCAUUAAACACAGGCCUUCAGAGGUGGCUUCUCAAACUUGUUACAGUGUUGAUGUUGGUAAGACCUACCUUUGGAGGACAGACCUGCAUAAGUGCCUGGAAAGUUGAUCCCCCAGGACCUUGGGAGCUGGAAGGGGAGGGGAGUUCAAGACUUGCCCUGGCUAAUGACUCCAUCCUGCAGCCUCCCUAGACCCAACAGCAAGGCCCACUGAGCUCCCGGGGAAGCUGCCUGAAGACCACAGACCAACAAGAGCAUCAGCAGCUCUGUCAGUCACAGCUGUGCUCAUGAGCCCUGAAGGCUGACCUGUGCAGGGGCCCCAGGCUGACAGAGACUGGGUGCUGUAGAGGCUCUUCUUUAGGAGUCCAUGCUAAUUCCCCUGAGAUUCAUGCCAGGGCAUGUGGUGUGUGACCAGAAAGAUUACAUCAUGGAGUUCUGCCUAGGGGAGCUGCCUACUGGCCAUUUUAGGGCAUCUCCUGGAGUCUGGAGCUACAUACAGCCUUCAGACUUCUUCCCUCCUGUGGUUGGUUAAGACUCUUUAUUUAGAUGGUGGCAUUUUCUGUGUCACUACUGGCCAAAUGUCUCUUGGAGGUGAGAAAAUGCUAACAUCACUGCGCACAGUCACAAGAGAGGACGAUCUGAAGAUCUGCAGGGGCAAGCCGGGGCAGCAGGACCUCUUGCAAUCCUGGUAGUGUCUACUUUCUCCUCAUUGCUGUGGUCUUUGCCUGAGGUCUGGUACCUGGCCUUGUCAUCUUAAGCAGAGAGGGAAGUAGGUUCUGAAAAAAGCUGUGGAGGGAGACUGGUGCCCACUGCUGGGUACCCAAGGCCCCAACCAUGAGCUGAGGCCAAGACAGCAAGAAACAGAGGAGGUAGAUGGUCUAGACAGUGGUUCUCAAUCUGUGGGUCAUGACCCCUUUUCAGGGGGUGGAAUGACCCUUUCACAGCGGUUGCCUAAGAUUGUCCUGCUUAUCAGAUUCGUAACAGCAGCAAAAUUACAGUUAUGAAGUAAGUAGCAAUGAAAAUAAUUUUAUGGUUGGAGGUCACCACAUGAGGAACUGUUUAAAGGGUCACUGUGAGUUAGGAAGGCUGAGAACCACUGUUGUAGACAAAGGGUUCCAUGGUUGGCCAAUGGACUCUGGCUUGAGUUGUGGUCCCCUGAGGCCAGGGGACAAGGACAGGGGAAGGAACCUUUCCUCAUGGUUUCAUUUGUAUUCGGAGCAGUGCUCAGUGAGCUGUGCCGGGGUGGGAGGUGGGGGAUGGGGGCAGGGAACUCAGUGAUGGAAGCUGAGUCCAUUCCUGGCCAGUUUCAUGUUCAAGUGUAGGGAAUACCUUCUUUUAAGAGCUUCAGAUCAUUUCCACGUGCAAACACUCAUCUUCCUAGGACAUGGUCGGAACAGUGAGCACGUGGGAAGGAGAAAUGGCUGGUGAGGGUGUGACACUUUGCCCUACAUAGAGAACCUGUGGGGUAGUGAGUGCCAUCCAUCUAUCUUCUGGGUGGAAGGACUUUGUGCUGAUGCUGAGGCAUGGGCCUGAGGUAAGUUGACUGUCUAUGUCGCUGUGGUGGGGGAGAAGCUUGGGGUUUUAGUGCCUGGGAGGAACUUGAAACAGCUGUGGUAAGAGCAGCCCGUUAAGCGGGGUAGGCAGGUCCCAGGGAGUGGUUCCAGUUCAGGCCUAGAACAAAGCAGGCAGCUGUUAAUUGCUGACCCUGUAUGUCCCCCUAGUCCAAGGAACGUGUAAAUCACCCACCUACUCCUGUCAGGAACCUUGGGAAUUUCCCAGGCAUUUUGAAGUGAAGAUGAGGAGCCUUGCCCCAGGAAGGCCACCGACUUGGAGACUGGGGUGAAUGUCUGCUCCUUUGAAGGCCCAGGUUCAUCCUCUCACAGUGGGAUGAAACUGACAGGUUGUAAGGAGCAAAUUGAACACGUGUAAGAGAGUAAGAAAUGUUGCCAGCCCAGGAUUUGGUGCUGCCUGGUGCUCCAGCCCCUCUGCCCUGGGCUUGGUGGACAGAAGGAAGCUGAGCAGAGCAGAGGGUAGGAGCCUAUGCAGGGCCCUGCGUGGAUACAUCUCCAGACAGAACUGGUUCCAAGUGUGAAAGCAGAAGGUCAAGUCUAGAGAUCCAGGUCCCAGGCCCAGAAGGGCACCCAGGUAGGUGCACAGGUUCACCAGACGUGGGGUGCACUAGCAAGCCACCUUUAGGGACAAGAAGGCUUUGGAGAGCAGAGAACUGGGAGCGGCCACGUGGUCAGAGUUGGCCCAGCCCACCUGGCAGAGUAAGCCAAUGGCUGUUUGACUCUCCCAGUCUGCAGAGCAAACACUGGCAGCUUGCAAGUCCCACUUGGGUUCUUACCAACUCAAACAGGCUUGGCCAAGACUCCGGUGGAUUUUUGGGACAGAAAUUCUGCUUGCCCAGGCCUGGCUGUGGAAAGCGAGAUUCUCUUCCCUGCCCCAACCCCAGGGAUCUAGCAGGGCUGUCCUGAGAUUUCUGUUCACGCCAGGCCCUCCCCCUCGCUCUUGCAGGAAAGAUGUGGAAUCUAAGCUGGAGGUGGUUUUUUCUGUUUCUGUUGUUUGUUUGUUUGUUUUGUUGUUUUUAAUCCCCUCCACCACUGUCGAGCCUUCCAGCAGUCCAGUGGUGUGGAGAUCAUCUCUUUUGAUUCCAUCAGCCUUCUGAAACUUAGUAGCUAGACACUGUUGACAGCACAUCUUGGUGUCUUCGAACAAACAACACAGGAUGUCUCUCAACCAAACUCGCCUUCGACAGGCAGGGUUCUCUCCCUCAGUGGCAUCAGAUCUUCGCCUGUUUCUCACUCUGGCCCUACAUGGGCCUGCUCCAUUGUUCUGCAAGCUUUUGAGAAGGUUACUGAAAUCCUACUCAGUCGCCGCAGAAAGGAGAUGUAGGCAGAAAAGAGGAGGGGUUCCAGUGUGGCUGACACACCUUCUUUAAACCACUCCUCUCUGGAGAGAGUGUCUUUGUACCUGGUCAGCCAUGCCACUCUUUCCUGACUGGUCUCUCAGGUUUCAUCAGAGCUGCGGUUCUCACCCUUGCUAACGCUGAGACCCUUUAAUAUAGUUCCUCACGUUGUGCUGACCCCGAACCAUAGAGUUAUUUCGUUGCUACUUCAUAACUGUAAUUUUGCUACUGUUAUGAAUCGUAAUGUAAAUAUCUGAUAUGCAACCCCCAAGGGGGUCGAGACGAAUGUUGCGAGCCACUGCCUUAGAGAUGUGUGCUGAGUCCUGGAUGCAACUGCGCUGUGCAGGGCAGGGCUGGGAGGAGAACAUUCCUAGCUCUCUGUUCCCCUCCAUGGUGGAGGACCAGGGCAACAGCAGAGCAGA